AUGGUUUUGGCGUGUUUCUCUAUCAUCUCUCUUUUUCUUUCUUUUCAUCAUCCUUUCACAAAUGAUAACCCGAAGGCAACUCCUCCAACGAAAACUACUCUUUUCCGACAUCUCUUCCAACAACUCAUUCCUCUUCUCUUUCUCCUCCCACUCCUAAUUCUUAUUCUCCUGCUUCCGCUUUCAUCUCGCUCUUUUUCUUCAUUUUAUUUUUCUUCUUCCUUAUUCUGCGGUUUCUCCUCCUCCCCCUCCUCCUCCUAUUCCUCCUCCUUCUUUAUUCUUAUCUUUCUUUUUCGUCUUCUUUUCCUUCUUCUUCUUCUCCCUUAUUCUGCUCUUUCUUUUUCUUUUUCUUAUUCUUUUUUUCCUUAUUCUGCGGUUUCUCCUCCUCCCCUCCUCCUCCUCAUCCUCCUCCUUCUUUAUUCUUAUCUUUUUCUUUUUCGUCUUCUUUUCCUUCUUCUUCUUCUCCCUUAUUCUGCUCUUUUCUUUUCUUUUUCUUAUUCUUCUUCCUUAUUCUUUUCUCCUCCUCCCCCCCUCCUCCUCCUCAUCCUCCUCCUUCUUUAUUCUUAUCUUUCUUUUUUCGUCUUCUUUUCCUUCUUCUUCUUCUCCUUAUUCUGCUCUUUCUUUUUUUUCUUUUUUCUUAUUUUUUCCUUAUUCUGCGGUUUCUCCUCCUCCUCCUCCUCCUAUUCCUCCUCCUUCUUUAUUCUUAUCUUUCUUUUUCGUCUUCUUUUCCUUCUUCUUCUUCUCCCUUAUUCUGCUCUUUCUUUUUCUUUUUCUUAUUCUUCUUCCUUAUUCUGCGGUUUCUCCUCCUCCCCCUCCUCCUCCUCAUCCUCCUCCUUCUUUAUUCUUAUCUUUCUUUUUCGUCUUCUUUUCCUUCUUCUUCUUCUCCCUUAUUCUGCUCUUUCUUUUUCUUUUUCUUAUUCUUUUUCCUUAUUCUGCGGUUUCUCCUCCUCCCCCUCCUCCUCCUCAUCCUCCUCCUUCUUUAUUCUUAUCUUUCUUUUUCGUCUUCUUUUUCUUCUUCUUCUCCUCCCUUAUUCUGCUCUUUUUCUUUUUCUUUUUCUUAUUCUUCUUCCUUAUUCUGCGGUUUCUCCUCCUCCCCUCCUCCUCCUUAUCCUCCUUCUUUAUUCUUAUCUUUUUUUUUUCGUCUUCUUUUCCUUCUUCUUCUUCUCCCUUAUUCUGCUCUUUCUUUUUCUUUUUUCUUAUUCUUCUUCCUUAUUCUGCGGUUUCUCCUCCUUCCUCCUCCUCCUCAUCCUCCUUCUUUAUUCUUUUUUUUUUUUCGUCUUCUUUUCCUUCUUCUUCUUCUCCCUUAUUCUGCUCUUUCUUUUUCUUUUUCUUAUUCUUCUUCCUUAUUCUGCGGUUUCUCCUCCUCCCCCUCCUCCUCCUCUUCCUCCUCCUUCUUUAUUCUUAUCUUUCUUUUUCGUCUUCUUUUCUUCUUCUUCUUUCUCCUUAUUCUGCUCUUUUCUUUUCUUUUUUUAUUCUUUUUCCCUAAUUCUGCGGUUUCUCCUCCUCCCCUCCUCCUCCUAUUUUCCUCCUUCUUUAUUCUUAUCUUUCUUUUCGUCUUCUUUUCCUUCUUCUUCUUCUCCUUAUUCUGCUCUUUCUUUUCUUUUUUUCUUAUUCUUUUUCCUUAUUCUGCGGUUUCUCCUCCUCCCCCUCCUCCUCCUCAUCCUCCUCCUUCUUUAUUCUUAUCUUUCUUUUUCGUCUUCUUUUCCUUCUUCUUCUUCUCCCUUAUUCUGCUCUUUCUUUUUCUUUUUCUUAUUCUUUUUCCUUAUUCUACUCUUUCUGUUUUUUAUUCUUCUUUCUUAUUCUGCAAUUUGCUUUUCUUCUUUUUUUCUUUUUUCUUCUUCUUCUUCUCCCUUAUUCUGUGCUUUCUUUUUCUACUUACUCUUCUUCUUCUAUAUUCUGCUUUUUCUUUUUCUCUUUCUUCCUCUUCAUUAUUCUACUCUUUCUUCUUCCUUAUCCUUCUCUUUCUUCUUUUUCAUUAUUCGGCGCAUUUUUUCUUAUUUUCUUCUUCUUCUUCUUCAUUCUGUAAUUUCUUUUUCUUUUUCUUCCUUAUUCUGCUCUUUCUUCUUUUUCUCUUCUGUAUUCUGUUCUUUCUUUUCUUCUUCUUCUUCUUCUUCUUCUUUUUUAUUCUGCUCUUUCUUUUUUUCUUCUUCUUCUUCUUCCUUAUUUUACUCUUUCUUCUUCUUCCUUAUUUUGCUUUUUCUUUUUCUUCUCCUUCUUCAUUAUUCUGCUCUUUCUUUUUCUUCUCCUUCUUUAUUCUGCUCUUUCUUUUUCUUUUCCUUCUUCUUUAUUCUGCUCUUUCUUUUUCGUCUUCUUCUUCUUCCUUAUUCUGCACUUUCUUCAUCUUCUUUUUCUUAUUCUUCUUCUGCUGCUGCUGCUGCUCUUCUUUUUUCUUCCUUAUUCUGCUCAUUAUUUUCUUCAUCUUCUUCAUCUUCUUCUUCUUCUUCUUCUUCUUUGUUCUGA